AUGGCAUCUCCAACCCCCAAAAACCUCCGCCCACUUAGCCGCUUCAUCACAACCCACGAUGAUUCCGGCAAAGCAAUCUUCACAGACGACCUCUCCGAAGAAAUGCCCGUACAAUCCGUCGCCGACGGCGCAGACUUCAGUCUAGCCUACACAUCCUCGCACUUCCCGGCCCAACUAUCCAACAACACUGAUCUAGCCGAGUACAACGCCUACCUAACCAGUCCACCCGGAAUAACCAUCUCAACCGGCAACGUGUGUCGAAUCGUUGACAUGCCGCCCGGAGCCCUGAGCCCGAUGCACCGCACCGUGUCGCUGGACUAUGGAGUCGUUUUGGAGGGUGAGGUCGAGCUUGUUCUGGACUCUGGCGAGACGAGAUUGCUUAAGCGCGGGGAUGUUGCGGUGCAGCGGGGCACGAAUCAUGCUUGGAGAAAUGUUACGCCUGAUCUUGUUGUUGAUGGGGAGAAGGUUCCACAGUGGGGAAGGAUGUUGUAUGUUCUUUCGCCGGCUCAGCCGAUGAAGAUUGGUGGGUUGGAUCUUGGGGAGGUUGUUGAUGGUAUUGGUGUUCGGGCUAGCACUUAA